AUGUUCAAGUCGACUGGUACUGAGCCAUCGGAUAUAAAUGAACUGUUAUCCAAGAGCCAGUACAACAACAACUUACUAGCUCGAAAGGUUCGAGAGGGAGCCAGAGACCUUCUCCUAGAAAGCAAAAAUAACGAGCUGCUUGAUAAUGACAGUCUCGCUGAGUUGUGGAAUAUCUUAGAGCAACAUAAAAACCCCGAUCCUGGUCAUGGAAAGAACUACAUUACAUAUCCAAAUUUUCUCAAGGCGAAGGAAGAGGUUUGCCUCAAAGCAAAACGCUUUUUUACAGCAACCACCUUCGCAAAGCUAUGCCAUGGCGACCGUUUUUCCCGCGUAAACAUCCUCAACUUUUUUAACUACGUGAUGAAGACCGUUUGGUUGCAACAGACUCGUAUUGGCAUCUCCUUUUACGACGAGAGUGGUGAGGGCUACCUACGUGAGGCGGAUCUCGAAAACUACAUUUCUGAACUCAUCCCCUCCCUCUGUAAGGUGUCUGGCUUGGAUGAGGCCUUCAAGCCCUUCUACGUGUGUACCGCCACGCGCAAGUUCUUCUUCUUCCUUGACCCAAUGCGUGCAGGUCGGGUGCGCAUCUGUGAUAUCCUAGCUUGCGGCUUCCUCGAUUCCAUCCUCGAGCUGAGGGAGACCACCACACCACAGGAGCGACUGGAGAUCAAUUGGUUCUCCCUCGAGUCAGCGCGACGUGUAUAUGCCAGCUACUUGAGGCUCGACACGGAUCAAAAUGGAAUGCUCUCGCGCCAGGAACUCGCUGGGUACAACAACGGUUCCCUGACCGACGUUUUUCUGGACCGAGUUUUCCAGGAGUGCCUCACCUACGAGGGGGAGAUGGACUACAAGACUUACUUGGACUUUGUGUUGGCGCUGGAGAAUAGGACGGAGCCGCAGGCCAUCGCCUUCCUCUUCCGCAUCAUUGAUCUCAGCGGCCAGGGGCGGCUGUGCUGCCAGACCCUCGAGUACUACUUCACCGCGGUUCAGGCACGUCUUGGCGAUGGUCCCGAUGUGCCGAGGUUCUGCGAUGUGUUGAAUGAGAUAUGUGACAUGGUGCGGCCGCAGAACCCAGAUUUCAUUACCUUGGAUGACUUGCUCAAGUCAGCGGAGGCGGGGAACGAAUCGAACCUUAUGACUGAGAAAGAGUCAGCGUCCCGCAACCCGGAGAACUGUUCUGCGCCCGAUCCACCCUGA